UAUAAAUAGGGUUUUGGAUCACUCUACUACUUACACACAAACUUAAUUUCCUUAAUCUUAAAUAUGGCUUCUUCAAAGGCUGUUGUUGUUUUUGGCCUUCUCUUUGCUGUUUUUCUUUUUAUAUCAUCCGAGGUUCAUGCUCGUCAACUAACUGAAACUCAGGUAACGACGGAUGGAUACCAUGGAGGGCAUGGUCAUGGUCACGGUCACGGUCACGGUCAUGUAGAAGAAGAGAAAAAGGAAGUUAACCCAGAAGGUUAUGGUCAUGGUCACGGUCACGGUCAUGGUCAUGUAGAAGAAGAGAAAAAAGAAGUUAACCCAGAAGGUUAUGGUCACGGUCAUGGUCAUGGUCACGGUCUCUUAGAGAAGAACGAGGUUAACCCUGAAGGUUAUGGUCACGGACAUGGUCAUGGAGGUCAUGGUCAUGGCCACAGUCUCUUAAAGAAAGACGAAAUUAACCCUGAAGGUUAUGGUCACGGGCAUGGUCACGGACAUGGACACGGUCACGAUCUCGUAGAGAAGGACGAAAUCAACCCUGAAGGUUAUGGUCACGGGCAUGGUCAUGGAGGUCACGGUCAUGGUCUCUUAGAGAAAGAAGAAGUUAACCUUGAAGGUUACGGCCACGGGCAUGGUCACGGACAUGGACACGAUCACGGCCUCCAAGAAAAGGAUGAAGUUAAUCCUGAAGGAUAUGGUCAUGGGCAUGGUCACGGACAUGGUCAUGGUCACGGUUUAUUAGAGAAGGACGAAGUUAACCCCGAAGGUUAUGGUCACGUGCAUGGGCAUGGUCACGGUCUAUUAGAGAAGGAGGAAGUAAACCUUGAAGGUUAUGGUCAUGGACACGGCCGUGGCCACGGUCACGGUCACAGUCAUGAUGUUUCAGAAAAGAAUGAAGUUAACCCUGAAGGUUAUGGUCAUGGACAUGGUCACGGUCACGGUCAUGGUCCCUUAGAGAAGGAUGAAGUGAAACCUGAAGGUUACGGUCACGGACAUGGUCAUGGUUAUGGUCACGGUCACGGUCUCUUAGAGAAGGAUGAAGUUAACCCUGAAGGUUAUGGUCACGGACAUGGCCAUGGUCAUGGUCAUGGUCACGGUCUCUUAGAGAAUGAUGAAGUUAACCCCGAAGGAUAUGGAUAUCAUCAUGGACAUGGUCACUAUCCCCCGAAAAUAGAGGAAAGUAAGGUAAACUUAGAGGGUUAUGCACAUGGUUAUGGUUAUGGCCACGGAAGUCAUGGUCACGGUGGCCACUAUCCACCAAAGGAAGAAAGUGGUAACUAAUUAUGUUCAUGACCACCGCCUUAUCAUGCAGUUUAAUAUCGUUUGGUGUGUACUAAAUUAGGCAACAAUCAUGUACUAUGGUAUGAAAAUAAUGCAUGUAUAAGUUAUAUAGUUUUAUAAAAUAAUUAGUAUGAUA